GUCUUUUACCCAAACUCCAAAUAUACCAAUAGUAAGAGUACACAGAGGGGAGAAAUUACUUCUAAAUAUGAUGAAUGUGGGAAAGCUCUGAAGCAGUCCUCCAGUAUUGCUGAUCAUCAGAGGAUUCAUGGGGGUGGAAACCCAUACACAUAUAGUGAAUCUGGGAACAUGUUUAAUCAAUCAUUAAGCCUAAAUACGUAUAAGACAAGUGGUACUGGAGAGAAAAGGUACAUUGGCAAGGAAUGUGGCAAAACCUUUGACAGGCACUCGACACUAUCUCAACAUCAGCAAACACAUACUGCAAAGAAAAUUGACAAGUGUGAAGAAGGUCGUCAAACCUUUAAGGAUGGGUCAUCACUCUAUGCAGACAGGCGAAUCUGUACUGCACAGAAACCUUACAAAUGUCAAGAAUGUGGCAAGGCCUAUAAGCAUCAAUCAUCCCUUACUAAGCAUCACAGAAUACAUACUGGAGAGAAACCUUACCAAUGUCAAGAAUGUGGCAAGGCCUUUAGCCACCGAUCAUCCCUUCCUCAGCAUCACAGAAUACAUAGUGGAGAGAAACCUUACAAAUGUCAAGAAUGUGGCAAGGCCUUUAGCCACCGAUCAUCCCUUCGUCAGCAUCGUAGAAUACAUAGUGGAGAGAAACCUUACAAAUGUCAAGAAUGUGGCAAGGCCUUUAGCCACCGAUCAUCCCUUCCUCAGCAUCACAGAAUACAUACUGGAGAGAAACCUUACAAAUGUCAAGAAUGUGGCAAGGUCUUUCCUCAGCAAUCAUCCCUUAGUCGACAUCACAGAAUUCAUACUGGAGAGAAACCUUACAAAUGUCAAGAAUGUGGCAAGGCCUUUAACCACCCAUCAUCCCUUACUCAGCAUCACAGAAUCCAUACUGGUGAGAAACCUUACCAAUGUCAAGAAUGUGGAAAAGCCUUUAACUGUUCCUCCCAACUUACUGAACAUCACAGAAUUCAUACUGGAGAGAAACCCCACAAAUGUAAAGAAUGUGGCAAGGCCUUUAAAGCGUACUCACAGCUUACUCAACAUCACAUAAUUCAUACCGGAGAGAAACCUUACAAAUGUAAAGAAUGUGGCAAGGCCUUUAGCAGAUACUCAACCCUUUUUCUACAUCGCAUAAUUCAUACCGGACAGAAACCUUACCAAUGUAACAAAUGCAGCAAAACCUUUAAUUUACCUUCAAGGCUUACUCAGCAUCACAGAAUCCAUACUGGAGAGAAACCUUACCAAUGUCAAGAAUGUGGUAGAGCCUUUAUGCGGCCAUCAUCCCUUACUCGGCAUCACAGAAUGCAUACGGGAGAGAAACCUUACAAAUGUCAAGAAUGUGGAAAGGUCUUUAGCCAGCGAAGAACACUUACUCAGCAUCAUGUAAUUCAUACUGGAGAGAAACCUUACAAAUGUCAAGUAUGUGGCAAGGACUUUAGCCAGCAAGCAUCCCUUAGUCAGCAUCAGAGAAUUCAUAGUGGAGAGAAACCUCACAAAUGUCAACAAUGUGGCAAGACCUUUAGGUUGAAGUCAAACCUUAACUACCAUCACAGAAUUCAUACUGGAGAGAAACCUUUCCAAUGUCAACAAUGUGGCAAAGCCUUUAGGAUUAAGUCAAAUCUUAAAGUCCAUCACAGAAUUCACACUGGAGAGAAACCUUACCAAUGUCAGAUAUGUGGCAAGGGCUUUACCAAAUGCUCAGAACUUCAUCAACAUCACAGAAUUCAUACUGGAGAGAAAAGGUACAUUGGCAAGGAAUGUGGCAAAACCUUUGACAGGCACUCAACACUAUCUCAACAUCAGCAAACGCAUACUGCAAAGAAAAUUGACAAAUGUGAAGAAGGUGGUCAAACCUUAAAGGAUGGGUCAUCACUCCAUGCAGACAGGCGAAUCCGUACUGCACAGAAGCCUUACAAAUGUCAACAAUGUGGCAAGGCCUUUAGCCAGCAAUCAUUGCUUACUCAGCAUCAAAGAAUCCACACUGGAGAGAAACCUCACGAAUGUCAAGAAUGUGGCAAGGUCUUUAAAUGUCACUCAUACCUUAUUAAACAUCACAGAAUGCAUACUGGAGAGAAACCUUACGAAUGUCAAGAAUGUGGCAAGGCCUUUAAAUGUCACUCAUACCUUAUUAAACAUCACAGAAUACAUACCGGAGAGAAACCUUACAAAUGUCAAGAAUGUGGCAAGGCCUUUAGCCACCGAUCAUCCCUUACUCAGCAUCACAGAAGGCAUACUGGAGAGAAACCUUACAAAUGUCAAGAAUGUGGCAAGGUCUUUGCCCAGCAAUCAUCCCUUAGUCGACAUCACAGAAUUCAUACUGGAGAGAGACCUUACAACUGUCAAGAAUGUGGCAAGGCCUUUAUCCACCCAUCAUCCCUUACUCAGCAUCACAGAAUCCAUAUUGGCGAGAAACCUUACCAAUGUCAAGAAUGUGGAAAAGCCUUUAAGUGUUCCUCACGACUUACUGAACAUCAUAGAAUUCAUACUGGAGAGAAACCCCACAAAUGUAAAGAAUGUGGCAAGGCCUAUAAAGCGUACUCACAGCUUACUCAACAUCAUGUAAUUCAUACAGGAGAGAAACCUUACAAAUGUAAAGAAUGUGGUAAGGCCUUUAGCAGAUACUCAACCCUUUUUCUACAUCGCAUAAUUCAUACCGGACAGAAACCUUACCAAUGUAACAAAUGCAGCAAAUCCUUUAAUUUACUUUCAAGGCUUACUCAGCAUCACAGAAUCCAUACUGGAGAGAAACCUUACCAAUGUCAAGAAUGUGGUAGAGCCUUUAUCCAGCAACCAUCCCUUACUCGGCAUCACAGAAUGCAUACGGGAGAGAAACCUCACAAAUGUCAAGAAUGUGGCAAGGUCUUUAGGUUGAAGUCAAACCUCAAUGACCAUCACAGAAUUCAUACUGGAGAGAAACCUUUCCAAUGUCAACAAUGUGGCAAAGCCUUUAGGUUGAAGUCAAACCUUAAUGGCCAUCACAGAAUUCACACUGGAGAGAAACCUUACCAAUGUCAGAUAUGUGGCAAGGGCUUUACCAAAUGCUCAGUACUUCGUCAGCAUCACAGAAUUCAUACUUGAGCCAACCUUACCAAUGCACUGUGUGCAAAAGGCUUUAAUCACCAAUCAUCCUUUAUUCAAGAUUACAGAAAACAUCUUGGAGCAAAUGUUACAGAGUUUAAGACUGUGAAGGAAUUUUCCCCCCAUUUUUUAAAAAGUUUUUCUUCGAUAGAAUGAGUGGGAGGGUGCAGAGGCAGACACACACACAGAAUGAAAAGCAGGUUCCAGGCUCCGAGGUUUCGGCACAGACAGCUCAGGGCCUGAUGCAGGGCUCGAACCCAUAAACUGCUAUAU